AUGCACUCGCAAGCGGGCUUGGACGAGGAGGUUAAAAGGAACUUUUGGGAGGAUUUGGAUGAGGUGGUGAGAGGUAUUCUGCACAUCGAGAAGCAAUUCAUAAAAGGUGAUUUUAGUGGCCAUAUUGAGGAGACGGCUGGGGGAUAUGACGUUGUGCAUGGCAGGUUCAAUUUUGGAGAUAGGAACGAGAGUGGUACCUCAUUGUUAGACAUCGCCAAAGCAUUUGAUUUGAUAGUAGCUAACUCGUGUUUUCAGAAGCGGGAGGAUCACUUGAUCAUGUUUCGGAGUAUGGUAGCCAAGACUCAAAUUGAUUACCUUCUCUAUAGGAAGAGUUAUAGAGGCUUAUGCAUUGAUUGCAAGGUUAUACCGAGUGAGUGGCUUUCGACCCAACAUAGGCUCUUGAAAAUAGACUUAGAGAUUAAGAGAGAAAGAAAGAGGAGAGCAGUGUACUGUCAAUCUAAGAUCAAGUGGGGAGCCUUAAACUAA